ACCUACUAGCUAAAGCUUCAUGGUAACUGGUAAGUGACAAUAGCGCGGUUUUUUUUUUAAAUUCUGAAUAUAAAGUUUUUAUCUGGAUAAUGUAUAAUAUCUAUGAUUAUGGAAUAAUACUGUUACGUAUAUCACUUUACUCUAUGGUCUGUGGUAUAUCGGGUUAAAGGUCUGUGGUACUGUGUAGUAAAUAAAAGGUUUUUUAUAAACGUUCAGAAAAAAUCUAAAAGAUAUUUAGUCUUGGCGUAAAAUGUAAAUAUCGUCGAUUAGUAGCUGUGAUUACUUAAAGCAAUCGAUAAGAAUGAAUUACUUCAGGAUCAAACAAUAACAUAAUUUUGUAAUUCAAAGACAGACAGAAAAAUAAGUGGAUUGGCCUGUGUUUUUGUAAACAAUUCUUAUUUUGCUGAAGUUUUGAUUUUCUGAUGUUUGAAAAUUAACUUCAAACAGUUAUCAUCAAGAUUAUUUUAGUUGAGGUCUUUGUAAUCAAGCCAUUUAUGUAAUAAAUUAUAAAUACCUCACGGAACAAAUUUGUUUUACACAUACACUCUUCUUCUUUUGAUUUAUGACUUUAAAACAUACUCUACCCUCAAUACAAACAUGGAAACUCGAGAGUCCGACAGAGAUGCUGUGCAAAAUCGUAAGAUACUCUUUGAUACAGCAAUAGCAUGUGCCAAAAAUGGAAAAGUAUUGUUCAUAUUACCUGAAGAGUUGAAUGAACUACCACAGUUGUCCCAGGACUUAAACCAAGUAGACAGACAUUAUUUGAAAAUGAUAAUUUUCCUUUACGCACCUAACUCAAAGUCACUCCUAGAAGGGGUUGCCUCAUUACCAAAUUGGCAAAAUAUCCCAUCAACAAUCAUUUUAGAUGAUCUAAGUGCAUACUGUAACAACAACAAAUUCCAAAAUGCAUGUGGUGUUGCUGCCCUUCUUACUGACACAGCAUAUGCAUGUUCAAGAUCUUUAAAAUCAACAUGUAGAGUGUUUAUUUCUGUUGAACAAAAUGUAUUGAGUGAACGUAACUGCAAAACACUUCAGGAGUUAUAUGAAAUUUCUGAUGUUGAAUAAGCUGUCUUAACUACCUCCAAAGAAUUAUUCAAUACUCUGUUCAAUUAUUAUUGAUGGUAAUAAAAUAUAAAUUCAA